UUAAGGGGACCACAGAGUCGUCCAGUCACCCGUGCGGAGGCACAGGAGCCCUUUUCCCAUAGGGGCCGUGGCCGUGGAGGAGGAUGAAAUCGAACAUGAGCCUCUGAUGGGCUGGGCAGGAAGCUGAGAUAAGAUGCCUAACAGUUAGGGGAGCCGCGUUGAGGUCGGGAGUGUGGGAGCCCGCAGGAAGUGACUCUGUGCCGAGCGUGUGGUGCGUCCUCAUCCAGCCCCCAGACGGGGACAGGAGCUGAGGCUGGCGUGGCCGGGAGGAUGUCCGCACUGUGUCGGAACGCUGGGCAGGGAGGGGCAGGCGGGCACUCUGAGGCCCUGGCCUCGGGUCAGUGUGCCCCUUCCUUGGUGCACAGUCCCUGGAGCCUGCCCCGCUGGCGGGCUUAUGUGGCCGCUGCCGUCCUCUGCUACAUCAACCUCCUGAACUACAUGAACUGGUUCAUCAUCGCAGGAGUGCUGUUGGACAUACAGAAGGUUUUUCGCAUCAGUGACAGCAGUGCCGGUUUGCUUCAGACAGUCUUCAUUGGCUGCCUGCUGCUGUCUGCACCUGUGUUUGGCUACCUGGGUGACCGUCACAGUCGCAAGGCCACGCUGAGCCUCGGCAUUCUGCUCUGGUCAGGGGCCGGCCUGUCUGGCUCCUUCAUCUCCCCUCAGUAUUCCUGGCUCUUCUUCCUGUCCCGGGGAGUCGUGGGUACGGGCACAGCCAGCUACUCCACCAUUGCGCCCACAGUCCUGGCCGACCUCUUCGUGAAGGACCAGCGGACCCGAGUGCUGGCCGUCUUCUAUAUCUUCAUUCCUGUCGGAAGUGGUCUGGGCUAUGUGCUGGGGUCUGCUGUGACGAAGCUGACGGGGAGCUGGCGCUGGGCCCUCCGAAUCAUGCCCUGCCUGGAGGCCGUGGCCUUGAUCCUGCUCAUCCUGCUGGUCCCAGACCCACCCCGAGGAGCUGCGGAGAAGCAGGGGGAGGCGGCCAUGCGGCCUCUGAGGAGCAGCUGGUGUGAGGACGUCAGGUACCUGGGGAGAAACUGGAGUUUUGUGUGGUCGACCCUUGGAGUGACAGCCAUGGCUUUUGUGACCGGAGCGCUGGGCUUCUGGGCCCCCAAGUUUCUGUUUGAGGCCCGUGUGGUACACGGGCUGCAGCUGCCCUGCUUCCAGGAGCCGUGCAGCAGCUGGGACAGCCUGAUCUUUGGGGCGCUGACUGUUGUGACUGGCAUCGUCGGUGUCAUCCUGGGAGCAGAGGCUGCCAGGAGGUACAAGAAGGUCAACCCCCGGGCUGAGCCCCUCAUCUGUGCUUCCAGCCUGCUAGCCACCGCUCCCUGCCUCUACCUGGCUCUCGUCCUGGCCCCGACCACCCUCGUGGCCUCUUAUGGUCCGUGCUCCCCGGGUCCCAGGUGCCGUGUGACCAGUGUCGAGUGCACAGAAGAAAUGAUGGUGCUUCUCCUGUGGCCCCAGGUGUUUGCCAGGAAAAAGGUGUUCCUGGCGCUGGGGGAGCUGCUUCUGUCUUGCAAUUGGGCAGUGGUGGCCGACAUUCUGCUGUCUGUGGUGGCGCCCAGAUGCCGAGGGACAGCAGAGGCGCUUCAGAUCACAGUGGGCCACAUCCUGGGAGACGCUGGCAGCCCCUACCUCACUGGACUUAUCUCCAGCGCCCUUCGGGCCAGGCGCCCUGACUCCUACCUGCAGCGCUUCCUUAGCCUGCAGCAGAGCUUCCUGUGCUGUGCCUUCGCCAUUGUCCUGGGUGGUGGCUGCUUCUUGCUGACCGCACUGCACCUGGAGGGAGACCAGGCCCGGGCCCGACAGCCUGGCACAGGGACCCUGGAUAGCAAAGAUGUGGACAGCAAAGACAGGGAGAGCCAAGGCCUGCUUUCUGGCACCGGCGCCUCCACAGAGGGCCCCUGAGGCCCCUGCCCUGCAGCAAGGGGGCUGCCUCCCUGCUCGUGUGCCUCCUGCGGCUCCACAGUAGCAGUGUCUCGACCCACCUUCAGCUGUGACUCAGGGACCCCAGCUGAUCUGCACCUGCUACUUGUUUGCGCCCAGCUAGAGAGCUGGCAGGGCCCAAGGCCUGGGAAUUGAGCUGUCAGCACCCGCCAAGGGAGGCCUGGGCCUACACCUGUGCCUGUGCCCAGCUCAAGGCCCUUCAGCUUAGGCGCACACUCUGGCUGCCAGGGUGCCCCCAUUAAAGCAUGGUCAGUACAAAGCCCUUGGAACUCAGGCCUUAGGCAAUCCUGUCAUUCUAGCCUCAUGGUGCUUCUGUAGGAAUGGGGAGGGGAGAGGUAGAGGUGGGUAGGCUGAGGGGGCAGGGUGGCCUUUGCAGUGGGGAAACUGAGGAAGACACUCAGCUUGGGUCUCUAGAUGUCCCUGCCCCAGAGCUCUCAUCCUGACCUGGCUUUCCCAGUCUGCAAAGCCAGGAGGGCACAGACACCCUCUGUGAAUUCUUCACCUGAAUAGAAGUUGGCCUUGGAGGUGGGUUUUCACUUGGCUGCUGGUGUGGGUGUGUGGCUCCAAGUGCCAGGGAGCCACUGGAAGGAGCACCCAUGCCUUCACAGAUGCAGGGCAGCUGUGCUCAGGCCAUGAGGAGGGGCUCGUAUGGCUGUGCACACACUCCUGGCUGUCCUGGGUUCUGUGCUCCCUGUACUUCACCCACACUCUCACCCCCAGCCCUGCUGGGAAGGCCAGCUCCGUGGGACCCACACACACAGUUCUGAGCAGCUGGGCUCAGCAGGCCUGCUAGGGAUCAACAGCUUCCAGGCGGGCAGCCAUGGGGAGGCAUGUUCUGUCCGCCCAGGAUCCUGCGCAUCUGUCCCCUCCCCUGGAGCCCAGCCAGGGGAUCAUUUGCUCAUUUGCUGGUUGCUACCUCCACUGUGUCAGGCUGUGCUUGCCUCCCAGUAGCUGUGGGUGGAGCAGUGGCCUGGACGCCUGUACAGCCCCUGACCCUCACCAGCAGCCCCAUCCCUGCUGCCCAGAGUGUCCUCCUUGCUCCUCUUUGGCUGGAACAGACCAAGCCAAAGCUAGACUCUCUAGCUCUGCUCCCACGUGCCCCCCAGUCAGCCCUCCUUUGGAAGUGAGCAUCACCUGUUUGACCAGCCCUUGAUCCAUGACUUGACUUUGGAGCUCAUGAAACGGGCCGCCCUGGAGUUACAGGGAAUGCAUUGAGGAGGUCAGUUGAUUUCCCCUGAGAAGGUGGCAGUCUGUCUGGGCUGGAGCCAGGAUGCUAUGGGCUCUCUCCUCAUUCACUGAUGGUGUGAUCAGGGCUACCUCUUACCUCUCUCAGCGCUGCGGCUUCCCCAGCUGUAUUCCAGAAGCGUGUCAGAGAUGGCUUUCCCACUUGAGGCCUCAUGUGAUUUUCACAGGAUGGGUCUAGAUUCACAGAAGCACAUUUCUAAUAGCUCAAUCUCCCACCUAGCAGCCCCGGUUGGGGGUGCUGGCUCGUGAGGCUCAGGUCCCAGAAUAUGGGCAAAGGGCUGCCCAAGAAUCAGAAUAUUCAUCCUCUCCCUUCCCCACCCAAGUCCAGUGGCUGGGGAGGAAGAUCAGAAAGCUGGGUUUCACCUGUAAUUCCAGCUACUUGGGGGCUGAGGCAGGAGGACUGCAAGUCCAAGUUCACCCUGGGCAAGUUAAUGAGAGAGAGGGAUCCCGUGUCAAAAUAAGAAGGCCUGAAGACGUAGCUUCAUGAUGGAGUGCCCCUGGGCUCAAUCCCUAGUAUUGAAAAGAGAAAGAAAAGAGAAACCUCAUUCCUGUCAAUCCUGCAAACAUAUAUUGGCAUCCAUGAGUCUCAUCACGUUGUCAGGAAGCAAAUCAGACUCCAACCUUGCGCUUGGACCUCACAGCCCAAGGCAGGAUGGGGAAACCCUGGGUUAGGCCGAGUGAGACACACCUCUGGGCAGGAGAAGGUAUCACAUUCCUCAGAAGUCUUCCAGGAAAUGGUUUUGGUGCUGGUAAGAGGAGGUGAGUCCUGGGUGAGGGAGCAGGACAAAGGUGCAGGGAGUGGGGCAGGAGACUUGUCAUGAAUCAUGGAAGCCAGAGGGGGAGGGUGUGUGUGUCCUCGGUGGGGGGAGAAGGGAGGAGGGACUGGCCGUGACCAGAAGGACUUCAGAUGCUCACUGAUGGGCUGAGACUGUCAUCUAAAAGCCAGGGUAGCUUCUUCAGACCCUUGGGAUGCUGGGCAGGGCAAGGUGGUACUUCCUAGGACUCAGACAAGUGCACAGGAGGGACUGAUAGGAUAUAAUCAUCAAAGUGGUUUAGGGGAGGUCUGGGGCUCAGGGAUUGGUGGGCCCUAGGAGGGGCAGAGACGAAUCUCUUAUCCUGCAGCCAAGCCACACCCCAGCUUCACUCAGCUCCUGCCUCCUGCCUCUUUGGGGCCAGUCACCAUGGGCUGAGGCCACAGAUGUAAGAGGUCUGGAGAGCCAGGCCACUCAGCUUAGAGUGGAAGAGUCUGGUAAAUAGAGCGCAUCUUUCGGCCCUGAAGAGCACUUGUUGGGGAAUCCCAGUCACUCAUACUCUGAUUGGUUUGUUGGGAAUGUCAACAGGAGGAAAAAUGCUGCUCAGCCAGGCAGAUCCUCAAGCCUGACCCUGCUCAGUAUAUAUGUUAAUGGCUUGCUCCCAGGUGAGGUCCUGGCUGGCAGGUGAGCCUGUCCAUAUGUGAGCGUGUGAGGAGGUGUCUUGCCGAAAGUUCCUCUUCCACUACGACUAAGGCUUGGAUAACUGAGCCUGCGCAGCUCUGUUUCUGUACCCCAAACCACAAGUUUGUCUGUUCCGUUCUCUGAAGUAUGUAACUUUCCCUUGUGCUGGGGGGUUGCUGAGCUAAUAAAGUCUCUAAAGAAGAGCA